GGACGGCGCUCGAACAAGAUGGAGGCGGGAGAGUCGGAUGAGGGUCCCGCUGAGGGGGUCCCGGGAACAUCCCAGGAGGCCGAAGUGGCGCCCAGCGAGAAUCCUUCCAGAAUUGUGAUCUUCGAUACCUUAGUGGACAAGUUCCUAGAGGGGCUGGUCCAAGCAGGCAGCUACCAGCGAUUUGCCCGCUGCUACAAGCGCUUCUACAGGCUGCAGCCGGAAAUGACCCGCAGUAUCUAUGAGCAGUUUGUGUUCCAGCUACAGAGCUCCAUCAAGGAUGAAAUACAGGAAAUUAAGGCCGAGGGGAAUCUGGAGGCGCUGUUGGACUCGCUGGACAAAAUGGAGACUGAGGCGGGAGACAGAACAGACCUGGCCUGGCGCCCCAGUGGGGUUCCCGAGGAAGAUCUGCGCUCCCACCUGGUGCCCUACCUCCUGCAGCAGAGGGACUACCUGCGCAAACUGCUGCGGGAGCGCGAGGAGGAGAACGCCAGGCUGGCGCAGGCCGUACUGCUCGGCAGGAGGAGGAUAGAGGAAAUGCAGAAAGAGAUAGAGAGGAGGAAACUGGCCUGGCAGGAGCUGAGCAAAGCCCAAAGGGAACUGAUUCUGUCUAUUGAGGAGCCCAAGUGAGACGCGGUUGCUGCGUGGCGUUUAGCAGACAAUUCCCAGACAGGUACAGACUCUGUUCUCAUGUUGCUGGAGCAACUGAAGGGACAAUUUGAGGAGCGUAGGCCUAUAAACUCUGCUUGGUUGGACCCGCUGAUACAGAACGGGGACCUAGAGACGGUGGGGGAGUCGCAUCUACGCCCAGUCGGAAUGUUCUUUCUUAGUCGGAUAUUAAAGAUUUCUGCAAUUCAA